GUGGCAUCGCUGGAACCUCUGCCCCCUAAGUUUCAUACCCUUACUGCUGACGUGGGACACUGGACGCAUCCUACGACCGGAGAACAGCAGAACUUCAUGGUGAUAGUGGAUGAGGGCUCUAGGCUGGAUACAACACUUCGGACAGCCGAAGACCCUGAGGCUAUUCAAGGCCUGAAACAGCUCAUGUCCAAGAUGGUACAAACAGAGAAGGAUGUGAGCGCGGAAGAGCUGCUCAGACAGUGUGUGAAACUGCCCGGAUCAGAGGAUGCCGGGACGAUCCUCAACAGCCCGGUGGAGGAUUUUCGACGAGAGGCAGAACUGCGGGCAGCCGCAGAGACAGCCCUGGCAGAGUGGAAUGCUCAACAGCGGAUCCAACGAGCUCUCAACUCUCGGUCGCGACCUGAUUGCGUGUACCAACCCGGAGAUCUGGUGUAUUUCUGGAGGACACAAGAAUCUAACAAGAGCAAGAAGCAACCUGGAACCAAUCAAGGACGCUUCCUAGGUCCCGCGCGAGUGCUGGCCAUGGAAACAAGGCAGGAUGCAGAGGGCCAACGACGACCUGCCCACGCUAUCUGGUGUGUGCGUGGCCGGAGCCUGAUUAAAUGCAGCCCAGAACAGCUAAGACCCGCCAGCCAGCGGGAGGAGUUGGUGGAGGCCCUCACGGACCAAACUUCAACGCCCUGGACAUUCACCCGUCUGGUCGAGGAAGUCGGCGGAAAUCAAUACCAAGACGUGUCUGCUGAGGUUCCCAGUGCAGAGGAGUGGGCCAGAGCCCAAGACCCAAGGCAGGAGAUCCAGCCCGCGCGCCACCGCAUCACCACAAAAAGGCCAGCGACUGAUGUGAGUCAGGGUGACCCAGAGAUGGACGAGGACCAGGAGGCGGGUACGAGCCAGCCAAGUUCUCUUCGACGUCUAGAACCGGCAGAACCUCAACAAGGCAUGCACACACAAGCCAGUAAAUGGUGGGAAGAAGUGAAGCAGACAGCCUGGUUAGCCGAACACACUAGUUUCUGGACGGAUGAGAAAGCAGCAGUGGAGGUGGCUAUAGACGUCCCGCAGAGCCGUCGGGGACUCGAGACCAUGACACGAGAUCUCCAGAACUACUUCGUGGGAGCCUUGAAGAGGAAGGCUGUGGAAGUGAGUGAGCGCCGGCUUUCGCCUGCCGACCGGGAACGCUUCCAAGAAGCAAAGAGCGUGGAAGUCCGCAACUUUAUUGCGGCGCAGGCGUUUGAAGCACUCCCCGACGAGCUCAAGCCAAGCCGUGAACAAGCCGUGGGUAUGAGGUGGACACUCACUUGGAAGGUCCGAGACGACGGGGGGGUCAAGCCAAAAGCACGUGCAGUGCUUUUAGGCUACCAGGACCCCAGCUACGAGCACCGAUCAACUACAUCUCCAGUAAUGACCAGGCAGACCCGACAGCUGAUGUUACAAUUAUCUGCCAACAAAAGAUGGCGACUGAUGAAAGGAGAUGUGAGCGGGGCGUUCCUGCAAGGGAGAGCUUACCCCUCAGAGCUCUACUGCAUUCCCUGUGACGAGAUCUGCCAGGCAAUGGGACUGGCGCCUGGGUCGAUUACCCGCCUGAAGCGGGCAUGCUAUGGUCUCGUGGAUGCCCCGCUGGAAUGGUACAAGACGGUAGCUGAGUUUCUGUCAAGCCUAGGAUUCGAAAGACUCUGGUCGGACUCGUGUGCUUGGAUGUGGCGUAAAGACGGAGUCACCCGGGGCAUGAUUUCGGGACAUGUGGAUGAUUUUCUGUUUGGGGGAAGAGACGAUGAUGAGGAGUGGCAAGAGAUUCUUAAGAAGAUUCAGGAGCGUUUCAAAUGGGGAGAUUGGGACAAGGAUCAGUUUACGCAGUGUGGCGUGCAAAUUGAAACCACUUCCCAGGGGUUUACCUUAUCUCAGCCCAAAUAUGCCGAGGGAGUUGUUCCCGGUUGUGUGAUCACCGACUCACGCAACGUCUACGACAAACUGGCGACAGCAAUGUUCAGCAUCAACGGAGCCGAGAAGAAGGCCAACAUCGAGCUGAUGGGACUAAAAGCCGCACAAGAAUGCACAGGAGUUCUCCUGCGAUGGGUUCAUUCGGAAGCACAGCUCGCCAAUGCUUUGACAAAGGCCCAGGAGCACAAGGAGCUGGAGCUGUACUACAGGACGCAACAUCAAUGGCGAAUUGUGGAGGAUGCGGAGAUGAAGUCCGCGCGGAAGCGAAAGAACGAAG